AUGGGGGGCGGGGUGUAUACAACUUACUUCUCUGUAAAAGGCCAGGUAUUAAGUAUUUUCACCUUUGAAGGCCACAUGUCCUCUGUUGAAGCCAUUCAAAUGUACCAUUACAGUGUGAAGGCAGACUGUAGGCAACAUGGAAACAAAUAUGUAAAUGACAAGAUAGAUGCAGGGGCUGCGAGACUUGAUGUGUUUUCAGUGGAUAAUGAAGAACUGCAGGGUGGAUUCAUGUUGUGCUUCCUGGAUGAUGGAUGUGGUAUGAGCCCUGAGGAAGCAUCCGAUAUCAUUUACUUUGGAACAUCCAAGAAACGGUUAUCAACCUUGAAGUUUAUUGGGCAAUAUGGCAAUGGCCUUAAAAGUGGAUCCAUGAGGAUUGGAAAAGACUUUAUUCUUUUUACAAAGAAGGAAGAAACGAUGACCUGUGUAUUUUUUUCUCAGACAUUCUGUGAAAGAGAAGGUCUGAGUGAGGUUGUGGUUCCAAUACCUUCAUGGUUAACAAGAACCAGAGAAUCUGUCACAGAUGAUCCUCAAAAAUUCUCAACAGAAUUGUCUAUAAUUUAUAAAUAUUCUCCAUUUAAAACUGAAGCUGAAUUGAUGCAGCAAUUUAAUGUGAUCUACGGCAAGUGUGGUACUUUGCUGGUUAUAUAUAACUUGAAGCUUCUGCUUAGUGGAGAACCUGAGUUGGAUGUUAAAACUGACAGAGAAGAUAUACUGGUGGCUGGGGCUCUUGGAGAUUUUCCAGAGAGGUGGUCAUUCAGAGCCUAUACAUCUGUUCUAUAUUUUGAUCCUUGGAUGAGAAUAUUCAUUCAGGCCAAAAGAGUUAGAACAAAAUACCUAUGCUAUUGCCUCUACAGACCCAGAAAGUAUAUGUAUGUCACAUCUUCUUUUAAAGGAACAUUUAAAUGUGAAGUUAAAAAGGCAGAAGAAGCAGUAAAGAGAGCUGAGCUCAUCCUGAAAGAAGCACAGAUCAAAGUAAAUUGCUCUGACAGAACUUCUUUGUCUUCCUCUGCCAAGGAUGUAUUACAGAAAGCUCUGGAAGAUGUUAAAGCAAAGCAGAAGAUUCUUCAAGAGAAGCAGAGAGAGUUAAAAAAAGCAAGGACACUCACCCUGUUCUUUGGUGUGAACAUAGAAAACCGAAGCCAAGCUGGGAUGUUCAUUUAUAGUAAUAACCGCUUGAUCAAAAUGCACGAGAAAGUCGGCCCACAGUUGAAACUGAAGUCCUUACUCGGUGCAGGUGUAAUUGGAAUUGUUAAUAUACCCUUGGAGAUCAUGGAACCAUCCCAUAAUAAGCAGGAAUUUCUCAAUGUCCAUGAGUAUAAUCAUCUUCUAAAAGUUAUGGGACAAUACUUGGUCCAGUACUGUAAGGACACCAGGAUCAGUAACAGAAAUCUAACAUUAUUUUGGAAUGAAUUUGGAUACCCAGAUAAUAAGGACAUGGAAAAAUCCUCAGAUUCUGUUCAGUAUCAAAGAAGACAAGCCAUGGCCAUCCCAUGCAUGAUUCAGUGUGAUCUUUGCCUUAAGUGGAGAGUCUUGCCUCCUUCUACUGAUUAUCAGGAAAAAGAACUGUUUGAUAUCUGGAUUUGUGCUAAUAACCCUAACCUCUCGGAAAACAGUUGUCAUCGGACAGAACAUCUACCUUCCAUACCCCUGGGCACUACGAGCAUAGUGUCACAGUCAAAAAAUGAGAAAGACAAGCAGCUUCGAGAGUCAGUCCAGAGGUAUCAAAAUCAACUGGUAGAACGGCGUCAACAGCCUCAGUUUAUACCAGUGAAUAGGAUCACUGAGUUCACUAGCCCCUGCCAAGCUUCAACAUCUAAGGGAAAUAAGAAAAUUCAGAGAAUCAGACCUUCCAGUGAUGACUUGAAGCAUGAGUCUCUUUCAUCCUUUGAGCUUUUGGUCAACCGCAGAGGCUGGAAAGAAACAGAAGGAUCAGACUCCGAUGUAGAGUAUAUUUCAGAGACUAAAAUUAUGAAAAAGUCUGGGCAGAAGAAAGUGAAACCUCAACAGCAGAGGUAUCCAGCAGUUCCACUGGAAAACGUCAAACUAGCUAGCAGAGACCAGGCCUCUUGGGAAAUGAAGAGAAAGAGGAGUCAAAACCUUACUUCAAUUGAAGUUGAAACCAGCAACAGCAAUUCAGAUAUAAUCCAGGACAUCUUAACGCUCUUCAGAAUGCCCUACAUAGCCAUUCGAUUGGACCUUCAGAGAUGUUAUUUGUGGGAUCACCAGUCUGCGCUGCAGCAGACUUCUUUCAUUAUUUUGCACAAGCUUGUUAGCCAUGGUUUCCUCCCCCAUUUCAAGUAUACUUUAUGUUCUCUCUCUGAUAUGGGCAUUGAUGUUCAAGGUCAUUUUUUCACCUUACAAUAUACCGUUUGUUUUGGUGCAGCUUUAAAUAAAGAGCUUGUUUUUCAGAUUUUAGAUGAAAGUGACACUGAUGUUCCAUUGAAACAAGAAAAAAAGGAAGUUUCUCUUAUGAAGAAAGAAAAACAGGAGCUGUGCAGUGAUACCCCAGAAAUAAAGAGAAAUUCUUCAUCACCUAAAUGGGAAAGCUUGUUUUUGCCCAGUAUGCCAGUGGAAGAUUUAAAUCCAAGUUCUGGAUACAAAGCCAGAGUUUCUGUGAGUGGUGGUUGUAAAGUUGCUUCUUCACUGACAGAAUCUUCUCAAAGCAGGUCUGUCAAGGAAACAGUAAGAAAACUGACAUCUAAUUUAAGGGAGAUUCUUCUGUAUUUUUUUCCUGAGUAUCAGCUACCAUCAGAGUUUGGCCACACAUCUCUGGAGGAACUUACAGCAAGUUGUGAGCUGGAGCAGUGCCCAGAACAGACAAACAAAAAGCUGAAAAUGUGUUUCAACCAGAUCCGUGAUGUUUACAUGGUCCAAUAUGAAAAAAAACUAAAGACCAAAAUUCAGUCUGUUAUCUGCGAUGCAAACCAAAGAGAAAUGGUUAAUGAAGUAUCUCUCGGACAAUGUGAAAAAAAAAGAAAACUUACUGAAGAUAAACUGAAUAAGCUUCGUGUAAAACUGGCAGUAUUAUUGCAGAAGCUUCAGCUGGGUGGUCCAGCCGGAGAUCUGGAGCAGAUUGAUGCUUAUUUAGAAGCUUUGCUGAAAGAAGAUAAUCUCCUUUUUCAGAAGGCUUUUGUAAAUAAAGUGACUACAGAUACAGGGUAUCGUCUCCUUUUAGAAAAAAAGGAAAAUAUUUCUCAAAAUUAG